UUCAGAGUUGGGAGAUAAAACACCAAAUCAUUGUCGUAUACUACUCAAACUCGGUGAUGAAACAUGACUGCGGAAGAGGAAGGUGACAGAGCCAGAGAAGGCCAUUCACACAGCAAGAAAAGAUCAGCUGGGACAGGAGACCACCGAGUUAGAAAGAAGGCAAAAUCAGGAUCCAAGGAAAAACUUGAAGGUUCUGAAAUAAAUGGAAAGUACCACAGAUCAUCUGCAAAGCACUCAGGACCUUCACACAAGCCUCUGCAGGAGUCUGAAAUCACAAGCUCUGAGAAAUUGAAGCCUGAUGCUGGGAGCAGUGGAUCUGAAGCCGAGGGCAUUAAGUUGGUUUCGUAUGAUGACUUGGGAAAGAGAGUGGAUGGAAACAAUAACUUGGAGGAAUUAAUGCGACCACGAGGAACAGAAAAUGAAGGAUAUGAAUUAGAUUUUGUACCUGGGGGAACUAAAAACUGCAAGUUGAGCACUAAUGGCAGCAAAAGCAGCCAGAGUCACAAGGAUCAUCUCAGGACUACCAGUGACAAAGAACCUAAACUCCAAGGAAGCAGAUCUGAAAAGGAUUGGAAGAAGAAAGACAGUAAAUAUUUAUCUGAUGUCAAGUGUAAUAAAAUUCAUGCAAACGUGAAGCAGACUGAUAGUAGCCACACGUCUCUGACAGCUUUAAAAGAGGAAGAUGUUGAAGAGCAAAUCUCUGAUCCCAUCUCUGGCUGUACGCAAGCCUGCCUGCCUGUUGAGAAUGAUCUAGAGGUGAGAAAAGAGAAAUCCUGUGCUGAAAAGAAGAGGGACAAAGAGUGCACUGUCAAUAGUACAAAGGAUAAAACACAAGGCCAGAAGAAAAAAAGGAGCUCUCGCAGUACAGAACAUAAUGAACCGAGGAAAAAUAAAAAGGCCAAGAGGGAAGAGGAUGAGGACAAGAAAGAAAAAGAAGUAGCAAAAAAAGCUGAAGAUGAAGCUGGUAAAUGGAAAUGGUGGGAGGAAGGGAAGCAUGCUGAUGGUCAGAAGUGGAAAAGUCUUGAGCAUAAAGGGCCACUCUUCCCACCAGAAUAUGAACCUUUACCAUCCAGUGUGCCAUUUCUAUAUGAUGGAAAACCUAUGCAGCUUAGUCUUGUUGCUGAAGAAGUAGCAACUUUCUAUGCCAAAAUGCUGGAUCAUGAGUACACCACCAAGGAGACUUUUCAAUCAAAUUUCUUCACUGACUGGAGGGAGGUAAUGGCAGAAGAUGAGAGGAAACAAAUCAAGAAGCUGUCCAAGUGUGACUUCAGCAAAAUCCAUAAAUACUUUCUUGAAAAGUCAGAAGAAAAGAAGAACAUGACCAAAGAAGAAAAACAGGUUUUAAAGGAGGAAGCCAAUAAACUAACAGAGGAGUAUGGAUACUGUCUGCUGGAUGGACAUAAGGAGAAAAUAGGCAAUUUUCGUCUGGAGCCUCCAGGGCUGUUUAGAGGUCGAGGGGAACACCCCAAAAUGGGCAAGCUGAAGAAACGUGUCCAGCCUGAGGAUGUGAUUAUUAACUGCAGCGAAGAUGUGAAGGUCCCAGAGCCACCUGCAGGUCAUCGGUGGAAGAGAGUUCAGCAUGAUAAUACAGUCACAUGGCUGGCCUCCUGGGUGGAGAACAUCCAUGGCCACAUCAAAUACAUCAUGCUCAAUCCCAGCUCCAAACUGAAGGGUGAGAAGGACUGGCAGAAGUAUGAAAUUGCCCGUAAGCUGAAACUGAGAGUGGAUGCUAUCAGGCGCGAGUACCGAAUGGCCUGGACUGCUCGAGAGAUGAAACAGAGACAACGUGGUGUCGCUUUAUACUUCAUUGACAAGCUAGCUCUGAGGGCUGGUAAUGAGAAGGACGACGAUACCGCAGACACCGUGGGCUGCUGCUCUCUGCGUGUAGAGCACAUUACCCUCCACGAGCACCAGGAUGGUCAGGACUACGUAGUGGAGUUUGAUUUUCUGGGCAAAGACUCUAUCCGCUACUACAACAAAGUGCCUGUUGAAAAAAAAGUUUUUAAAAACUUGAAACUUUUUAUGGAAAACAAGAAUCCAGAAGAUGACCUAUUCGACCGAAUUUCUACAGUCUACCUCAAUAAGAAGCUGAAUGAAGCAAUGCCGGGACUGACGGCCAAAGUGUUUCGAACUUUCAAUGCUUCCACCACUCUGCAGGAACAGCUGGAAAAACUCACCACAGACGAUAUGACUGUGGAGGAAAAACUAUUGGCUUAUAACCGAGCGAACAGAGCUGUGGCUAUACUUUGCAACCACCAGAGGGCAGCACCCAAAACAUUUGAGAAGUCCAUGCUGGCUCUUCAGGAGAAGAUCAAAAAGAAAAAGGAGGAAGUGGAGAAAGCCAAAAAGGAGCUGAAGCAAGCAAAGAAAGAUCACAAGGAGCAACCAUCGAAUAAGUCAAAGAAGCUGGUGGAGAAAAAGGAAAAAGCUUUGAAGAGACUGUCAGAACAGUUAAAGAAGCUCAAGCUGCAGGAGACGGACCGAGAGGAGAACAAGGUCAUCGCUCUGGGCACUUCCAAGCUCAACUACCUCGACCCCCGCAUCACUGUGGCCUGGUGUAAGAAGAACAAGGUUCCCGUGGAGAAGAUCUACAACAAGACUCACAGGGCGAAGUUUGCCUGGGCUAUUGACAUGGCUGAUGAAAACUUCCAGUUCUAACAGAAGAUCCUGUGGCGUUUUGUUUUUUUUCCUCUCUCUCUCUCUUUCCCUUUUUCAUUUGUUUUUCCUUCUCAUUUUCCAGUCUUUUUUCCAUUUUCUUUUCCUUCUUUGAAUAGCUACCAUAUUGAAUAGCUACUAUUCAUUUUUCUGUGAUGCGUCGUCUUUUUUUUUUUUUUUUGACAGCCUUGGUUAAAAAGACUCUUGUGAUAUGUCUCUUGUGGAUUUAUUUGUGUAGUAAAAUGUGAAUACAAAGCUUGAAGGUCAUACUUUGGUUUCUUUGCUUCUGAAUGAAAAGGUAUGUGGCUCAUGGAUCCUCUAUUUUCAGCAGCACAGGGGAGGCUAUUUGUGAGGGGGGGGGGCAAACCUUGCCCUACAGUAACACUGCUAACAUUUGUGCUUAAAAGCUGUCCAAACAUUGGAAUAUAACACCAAGCCUUUUAAAUGGUUUGUAAAGAAAAUGUUUCCAAGUAUAGAUGAGCUUGCAAGCACAAGUUCAGUGCAUUCCUGUGCUUGGACCGAAAGCAAUAAUAGAGCUUUAGAAAGUGAGUAGUAAGGAUGUGAGCUGAAAUUUUUUGUUAUUAUGCAAAUGCCAGGAUUUAAGACAGUUUGAGCAUCAAGUUCACAUGCAUAAUCUGUGUGAUGCCAGUAAUAAUUGCAGUGCAAGACUUGGACAAAAUCUGCCUGGGUGUUUCACUACCUUUAACCAUGAUGAAUAGGCUUUUAUUUAUUUAUAUAUUACUACUUAUUUGUAUUUGAAUACAUGGGUCUUAUAUGGGAUUAUUUCUGUGCCUUAUCUCCCAUGUUUCAUUCAGCAGGGUGUCCAGAAUUGAACAUUGGCAAAAUCUGCAAAAACAUAAUGCAGUGGCUGAGAAAAUGCAUAGGGCUUAUGGUGACUGUGUAGAGCGUAUGUUAUAAAAUAAUAAUUGUAAAAUUAGUUAUUGGUAGUUUUACUCUCAUUAGUUCCUGACGUUUAGGUACCCUGUAUAUAACUAUUAAGUAUUGAAAUUACUGAAUGAAAACAUUUUAACCAAAAAUAAUUGAUAAAUGAGGGAAUAUUUUAG